CGAUUGGCCUUGGCAUAGGCCAAGGGGGAUUUUAGGUAUUUUUUUAGUGUCCUAUAAUGGAAAUCCUGUAAUUUAACCAUAAAGAUCCAUAUCCAUUUUGUUUCUAACAUGUGGAAAUAUGUAUCACGCCGCAUCAGGGACACGUUAGAGAAGAACGUUGCCCAUUUCGACAGACGUAGUACUACAGGUUAUGGAAUCCCAAAUGGUUCUUCGGAAGAUAAGGAUAAGCGAUCUCCUUCAUGCCGUUGGUAUUCGAGAUGUUGUGGCUCUUAUCAAAAUGAUAACAACACCAACAGUAAUAGGUGGAACUUCGAACAGCUAAACCGCACUUGGAUAGGUGCCAUCACAUGGAGCAGUGCUCUAGUUGUUGGGUGGUAUGCCAGUCAACUGCUUCACUUAAAAUACAAGUGCCAUCUCAAGGAUCCCUCUAAGAAAUGUCCAUCAAUAAAUGGCAUAUUUUCUGCUUUGUAUCCAUAUGUGAAAUUUGUUAAGAAAAAUGAUGGAGUCUUAAAACCUAUUCCUGACAUUGAGAAUGUGUUAAGGGGUUUUACUUGUACAGUACAUUUUAUAACAAAUGAACAUGCUGUAGAGAAACAUCAUACUUCAAGCAGUGGUGCUUGUAGUACUGAUUCAUCAGAAAAUGAUUUAGGAGAAGUUUUGAAUUCCAUUGAGAACAAAUUAGGGCUUGCUGCUCUUGAAAAUGGCCACCACCAAGAUGGCUUGAACCUUCUCAGGUCUGCAGCAAGUCGUAGCCAUGCACCAGCUCAGUACAAUUUAGGGUUGUGUUAUGAGAUGGGACUUGGAGUUGCUGCUGACGAAAAAAUGGCUAUGGAGCUGUACCGAUCAGCCGCUGCUCGGGAACACCCUGCAGCCCUUUACAAUUUGGGGAUCUACUAUGGGCAGGGCCGAGGAGGACUCACGCGGGAUGUAGCCACUGCCACUCGUUUGCUUCGUCUAGCUGCUGUGCAGGGUCAGCAAGAUGCCAUUAGAGCUCUAAAAGAACUUGAAGAAGACAUCGUUGAAGCAAAGCUGAGGAGCGAAGACGACCGAUCGACGUAUGCCUAUCCUUCUGCGCCAUACCUACAUAAUGACAAUAGUAAUAUUAUGCCAGCCCAUGCCACUCUUUUUGUUGAAAAUACACAAAUGUUUCGUCCUCAAAUUUAUUAAUUUUUUUUUGUAGGUCAACUAUAAAUAGUUCCAACGUAUUUUUGUGAUUUCAAUCAAUUAUCUUGUUCAUAAUCCAUUUAGUCGAACAAUCAUCCUAUAAGGUGUAUUUUCUGGUAUUUAGUUUUAAGUUUACCUAUUAGUAUUUUAAAGAUAUUUACAGUACAUAUGGUGCUACUUUCUCGCACUAGUGCGUCAAAUACGAUUUUCGUGCAUGUGUCGAAAGUUUAAAGGGCCAUAUGUACUGUAAAACGUUGUACGAUACACGUGCGAAUAGGUAAUUCGCAACUCGUGUCGAUUUAAAACACUCCCUGCGGUCGUGUUUUAAUUUAUCGCCACUCGUUUCGUAUUUCCUCUUCCGCACUUGUAUCGUAAUGUACUAAUAUGUACAGUAUAACCCGCUUAAGAAGAUUCUGAAGGGAACGCAACAAAAACGGGAAAUCGUAGGUAUUAACCGUAAAAAAAUGGAUGAAAACAAGUUGCAGGGACCAGUUAGAAUAGUGUUAACGCGGGAAUAGUUAUUUGUUUUACAAUUACAAGGGGGCAAAGUUGUUGUUUAACCGCUCAUGCUAAUAUUGAUACCCGACCCGAGCAAGCAAAAGAUUCUAAAAUUGAACCACCACCCUAACGAGUAGAAAAAUUAUUUCCACCUUGGGCUAAAACACUUAAAUCCCUCACAGCGCUUAGGAUUCUAUUAUAGAAUCCCUUGCUACGCUCAGGAUUUAAUCCUUCGCUUCGUUCAGGAUUCAAUGUACGCCCUCGCCGUAAAUAUGUAAUUUUGCUUCCUUGUGACACAAUCUACUAAUUUCCUUAUGAUAAUAAAUAAUUAUGAUCACUAAAUAACUAAAAUAUUGACUUGUGCGAUAGUGGCUUUAACGGUGGCGGGAUUAUUUGUGUGACUUAAACAAUGAGAGUUCGUUUUGCUUUUUAGCACGAAUCUUUGAUAUUCGAUGUUAAGUAUGCUGAAAGAUAAUAGCUAUUAUACUUACUUUACUCUUUGGACAAUAGUGUGGCCGAGAAUGUCCUUUGAGUCUAUUUUGGAUGAGGUCUCAAAAUUACGCUCCUAGAUGUACGUUUUAGUUUCAUUAAUUUUAGGUGUGUGUAGAACUACCUAGUCGGCUCAUAAGUUCUGUCACUGGCCUUUAAAAUUUAAAUUUGGAACUCCUAAAACAAAAACCGUUCUGCAUUUGAAUUUCGAAUCUUUAUUAAAUAUUUGAGUACUAUAAUUUUGCAAUUUUCUGUUUUCUUCAACAUGGAGUGGACGCUUAAAGAUAGCCGUACCGCAAUAAUUGCACUAUAUCGUUGUGGUCACUCGCCGACUAAAAUUUUUAAGCUACUUGAAAAUUUAAAAUUCUCUAAGAUUUGUGUAUCGUACCAUAGAAAGAUACAGUGAGGUCUCUAGUUUAAAUGACAAGAAAAGAAGCGGUCGUCCGCGUACAGCUAGGACUCCAGCGGUUGUACAAGCAAUUAGGGCACGCAUUGCCAGAAAUCCCGCUAGGAAACAAAAAGUUAUGGCCCUCCAGAUGGGUUUGAGCAAAAACACGGUGAAAAGAGUGCUUAAUCAAGACCUGAGACUUCGUGCUUAUAAACGAAAAACUGGCCAUCUUCUCAAUGGUCGGCUUAAAGCUUUAAGGCUUAAAAGAUCUAAAGCUUUAUUGAAGAAGUACGCUAAAAAUAAGCACCGUUGUAUACUGUUUUCGGACGAGAAAAUUUUUGACAUAGAAGAAAACUGUAAUAAACAAAAUGAUAGAGUGUACGCUCGCAAUAGUAAAGAAGCGUCUAAUAGCAUUCCCCGUAUUCAAAGAGGUCAUCACCCUUCAUCUGUGAUGGUUUGGCUGGGAGUUUCUUAUGCGGGCGUCACUAGUAUGCAUUUUUGUGAGAAAGGAGUAAAAACUAGUGCCAAAGUGUACCAAGACACGGUGUUGACUAAUAUUGUGAAACCACUAUCCCAUACGAUGUUUCUAAACCAGCAUUGGGUUUUCCAGCAGGACUCUGCUCCAGCCCAUAAGGCAAAGUCUACACAAGCUUGGCUCGCCUCCAAUAAAAUCGACUUUAUACGGCAUGAAGAUUGGCCCUCCUCUAGCCCAGAUCUUAAUCCUUUAGACUAUAAAAUAUGGCAGUAUUUAGAGGAAAAGGUGUGCUCAAAACCUCAUGCAAAUCUAGACUCGCUGAAAAAAUCUCUUGCUACGGCAGUGGCCAAUAUCGACAUGAAAGUGGCACGUGCGUGAAUCCAUUGACGACUGGCCACGAAGACUUCAAGCCUGUGUAGAUAAUUAUGGCGGUCAUUUUGAAUAAAUGUUAUACAUUUAGAUUCUCUAGUUUAUAAGCUUUCAAACGCUGUACAAAUUAUACGGAAUAAACUUAAACUUUUGAUUUUAUUUUAUACUAUGUAUAUGACAGAACUUAUGAGCCGACUAGGUAGUCCCGUUUGAAGUUUUUGCACGGCUCUAGUCCUUUAGAAAGACUCUCGUCAUUAAUUCUGGGUUUAAUGGCUCCUCUACACGAUGGCCCAGCGUAGGCCAGUCCAAGGGACGCAUUUAUGCGUUAGAGAGAGCAAGUGAUAUUGCUAUCUCAUUCCACCGCAUAGCUGCGUCCCUAUGACUGGCCUACGCUGGGCCAUCGUGUAGAGGAGCCAUUACGU